UUUCUCAGUUCUCUGAUUUCGCCCGUUUAAUUGCUCUCUCCGCCCAAACCGAAUCGCCAUUCACUCACUUCACACAGUUGAAUCUCUCUAUCCUCUCAAUCUCAAUGGCUGCCUCUGCCUCUCUCUCGGUCUCAAGACUCCUCUCCACUACCGCCCGUCUCCCUAUUUCCUCCGCCAGGUCCGCCGCCUCUCUCCUCCCCUACCAUAAACCACUUUCUUCAAAAUCGUCUCUCUCCUUCAAACCCCUUCCCCGUCUCAAACCCAUCAAAUUCUCCACCAAAACUACCUCCACCAUCACCGCCGCUAUCUCCGUCGGCGACAAACUCCCUGAAGCCACCCUCUCCUACUUCGAUUCCGCCGGAGAGCUCCAGACCACCACAAUCUCGUCACUCACUCAUGGCAAGAAGGCCAUUCUUUUUGCAGUCCCGGGAGCUUUCACCCCGACCUGCUCCCAGAAGCAUCUUCCGGGAUUCGUGGAGAAAUCCGCGGAGCUCAAGUCCAAAGGCGUGGACACCAUCGUUUGUAUAUCUGUCAAUGACGCUUUCGUCAUGAAAGCCUGGAAGGAAAACCUUGGAAUCAAUGACGAGGUUCUUUUGUUGUCUGAUGGGAACGGGGAUUUCACCAAGGCCAUUGGAUGUGAGCUCGAUUUGAGCGAUAAGCCUAUUGGACUAGGUGUGAGGUCCAGGAGAUAUGCACUCUUAGCAGAAGAUGGAGUCAUCAAGGUGCUGAAUUUGGAGGAGGGAGGUGCUUUCACUUUCAGUAGCGCCGAGGAUUUGCUCAAAGUGCUGUGAUUCUGGUGAGGCUUUUCUAGCAUUUUGUUGUUUAGGUUUUUACUCUUCCGUGUUGGUAAUAAAACGGAUGGAAUCCGUGUUGUAGGAUUUUGUUGUUGACUUGAUGAUAAUAUAAAAUCUCUGUUUUGUUGAUU